UAAAAAAAGGGGGAUCUGUAUGGUUUUUUUAACUCUGGCAGUGAAAUUUCAUGCGUUGUCGGAGUAUAAAAUACCUCAAGAAAACAUAGGACCAAAACAAAAACAAAAAAAAAUUCAUCUGAGUUUCUCUUUCUCCACACACACAAUCACACAGUUGCUACUUACUACACACAUCAUAGAGAGAGAAAAAGGAAAACAGAAAAGAAAGAAAAAAAAAAACCGAAAAACAAAGGGGGAAAAAAUAGCAUCACAGUUCAAGGUAUUUGCGGUCGUAAAUUGCUCCGAGAGUUUUGAGGAGAUGUAUGCGUCUUUUCGCAUUGAAUCAGUGGAAUUAUGCAUUCCUAGUGUGUGUUGAGUCUACAUGAGGAGUUCGGUUCAUGAAAAUCUGUGCUUCCGAUUUUGUUGAUUGGUUGUCAAUGGCACGCGGGUUAAGUUUCUCUUUCGGUGUUAGAAUUCCUAUACUUAAUUCUGGGUGUUUUGGUACAGCUGACACCAUUAUGACCUCCUCUGUUCAUAGUCUCUCAGAUAAUGGUGACUCAGAUGAGCAACAAAAUCAUUCAGAACCACAGCUCCAGUCUUCUUGUCAGGCGACUGGAAUGUCACAUCCCGUCAUGACUACCCCCAAUAUGCCAUAUGUUGUGCCUCCAGCACUUGGUGCUGGAAAUGCUAUGGCACAGACUACCUACCCUUAUCCAGACCCUUACUACAGAAGCAUCUUUGCUCCCUAUGAUUCACAGCCAUAUCCUCCACAACCAUAUCCUGCGCAACCAAUGGUCCACCUUCAGUUGAUGGGAAUUCAGCAAGCUGGCGUUCCUUUACCAUCUGAUGCAGUCGAGGAGCCUGUAUUUGUUAACGCAAAACAAUAUCACGGCAUAUUGAGGCGCCGGCAAUCUCGUGCUAAAGCUGAAUCAGAAAAUAAAGCUGUGAAAUCUAGAAAGCCUUACUUGCAUGAAUCGCGGCACUUACAUGCGCUGAGACGAGCUAGGGGAACUGGGGGCCGUUUUCUCAAUGCCAAAAAAGGUGAAAAUCAGCAGCGCGAAAGGAAAUCAGGUGAUAAGCCAGACUCCAACAUCAAUCUCAACUCAGAUAAAGAUGAUCACGGUUCUUCUGAAAGUGCUUCCUGAAGUUAAGGUAUGAUGGAGGCCCGGCCUUGGAGGAGUCAAUAUUAUUUGAUGGAAGUGCCGAAGCAGCUUUAGUCUUAGUUAUGCAGAUCCCAGUAAUGUAGUCAGGCCCAGUAUGUGUAGUCUGUACAGGAGCAGUUAGCGAAGUACUGGUGCUGUGCAGGGUUGUAUUGUCAGAAGGUAGCAGGAGUGGACAGAUUUCCAGCAACGGCUUAGCGUGCGUUUCUUUUCCCAGUGGAAAAUGAGGUCCUUUCAAUGAUGUAUCAUUGUGUUCUUUUAGUUUAAAAAGAUCAAGUUGAGGAUGCUCUGUAAUAUGCCCGGUUGUUGCAUUAUUACUGUUAAUAUUUUUGAAUAAAUUGGAAAGCUUUGUGUGGAACAUUAAUCGAAGUCUUGUGAUUGAUUCAAUAUCACACCUUAUUUUGGGACGGAUAGAAUAUAUAAAAUAUAAAUUAGAGGUUACAAC